UUCAGUUUGUUCAUUUCACGUCGUUGCCGGUCCGGUCUGAAAGAUCGAAUCAAAUGCCCAAAUCGCAAAUCCAUCUCAAAGUGUUUUGCGUUGAUGUGGAGAAUAUGAUCCCGAUGCUGGUGUUUCUGAUUUUGAAGCCAGGAACUGUGAGGUUGUGGUCAGUGACUUUUGAAAACCCAAAUCCUUGUGCUUUAAAGGGAUCAUUGGUGGAGUUCAGGUGUUCAUACAACUACACAGACGGGGAAACUGUUAGAAAGACUGCAUGGUACAAAGGUGCAUUAAAAAAUGGCAUCUGGGUACGUGUUGCGCUCUCGGACCUUCCUUCAUAUCAAAAUCGUUCUGAAUAUCUUGGUGACCUGCAGCACAACUGUAGCCUGGCAAUUCAUGACCUGCAGGAUAAUGACACCGGACAUUACUACUUUAGUUUUGACACAGAUAUGUAUGGACGGCGUAGUAAAAGAUCAGUGUACCUAUCUGUCACAGGGCUGAGUGCCAGAGUUUACCCUGACAGUGUGAGAGCAGGAGACACUGUGAGUCUUGAAUGUAGAAAAUCCUGCCAACUUCCCAGCGUGGUUUGGUUCAAAGAUGGACGUCUAGUAGCCCAACCACAUUUCCAGGCUCAGGCAAAGCAUUCUGGGAAUUACUUAUGUGUUGUCGAAGGACAUGAGUCAGUGCUGUCGGACCCUGUUGCUCUAGAUGUUCAGUAUCCCCCGUUGAAUGUGUCUGUUGAGGUGAGCCGUCCUGGCAGCCUGACAGUGGACAGCAGUGUGAAUCUGACCUGCAGCAGUGCUGCUAACCCUGCAGCAGACAACUACACCUGGUACAGGGGCACUGUUUCCAGCUCCAGCUCCAUGUUCCAGGUGGGCUCAGGACAGGUGCUGUCUCUCCCGUCUGUGGCAUCCAACACUGGACUCUACCUCUGCCAGGCCAGGAACCGACUGGGGGAAAGUAACUCAACUGAGGUGCUGGUGACAGUUGACAAAACAGACAUAAACCGUUUGAUCCUCCUUGUUGGUGUUGGAGUCAAAGUCGUUAUUGUGCUGUUGCUUACACUGGUUAUUGUCUGGGCUUGGAGACAGAGACGUAAGUCUGCUGUGGGAAAACAGGAGAACGACCGUGAUUAUGAAAACGUCACUGCCUAAAUGGGUAAAAAAAAAAGGCAGAAGGAAAAGUCUAUUCAAAGAGAGACAAGAGUGAUGACAUUUCAUCACACUGGAGACAUGACUGAGCACAAGAAUCCCUGUGAUUUGUCAACUGAGCUCAACAACAACAACAAAAAAAACUAUUUGUAGCAACAGCUCUCAUUCAUUCCUGACUCCCAUAUGUAUAAAAGCUCAGUCCUCCUCUUGAGUCUCUGUAACACUGAUGACGGGUUAUGAACUGUAACAUAUUCAGGAAGACAUCACUGAUGUUUAUUUCAUCAAUGAAAUACCCACAACCUUACAAAUUGUACUAAGUUCUCCUGUUUUAUAGAAAAUAUAGACUUUCUUGUCAUGAUUGCAGUAUUAUUAUUAGUAAUUCUGCUGAGUGAAUAUGCUUUAUGUAUGUAUUCAUUAUGACAGUGGAGGGGGACCAUUCACUUUUCAUUCUUGUUUUAUCCUAUUGUUAUAUUUACGCCCAUUUUGAACAGUGUGAUAGGUGCGGAACAUUUUUCAAUUAUGAAUGGUUCACUACUGGUACAGUGGACUGUAUCCAGGUUUACUGUGUGUCAAACUUAUGGUCUAUGGGUCAAACUAGGAAAUGCUUCCUCCUUGAGUUAAAAAAUACUCAUGCACAUUAUGUUCUGCUGAACUUGUAAAUGCUUUGUUACGUUCAGUCAACCAAUAUAUACGAAUUAUUUACACUAUUAACCCCAUCCAUUGACUUUUUAAGGUUUAAUCUUUACAUUUUAUAAUAUUCAGUGUUUGUAAUUGCAACAGAAACAACAUACCACAGUAUUGCAUUUAUUGGGUCAACGAAUUUUAAUGUUUUCUUUUGUUUCACGUUGUAAACUGUUCAACAUCCUGUAAAAACGUUUCAUACCUGCUGAAUUUAUAAAAACUAGCAUUUCAAACAUGGAAAAAUGCUGGCUGCUGUAUUAACUGUAUAUAUCAUGUUUUUGUAAGGCAUAUUGGCAGUAUUUUAUGUCAGCAACAUGUUUUGCUAUGCAAUAAACUCUGUUGUUUCCAAGGCAA